AUGUCGUCGUCGUGCCCUCGUGCUGUCUAUGAAAAGGCCGUAGAGUCGCACGACUUCUGGGUCCACAGCCGCCGCGUGCCCAUCGUAGCAAGCUUUCCCUUGAAAAGCAUUGCCGACGCGCGAGUGAAACGGACGGGCCACAUCAAGUCGAUGAUUUGCAACUGGUCGGCCCCGGGUCUGAGUUCGCGUCCGUGGUUUGCGAGCUCUCCCGCAAACAACCGUCUGCACCACUCGCUCGCUAUUCGUCGUCUCUAUCUGCGCUCCAUGAAGGCCAAAGCUUCGAGCGACGUCAAGUCCGUGCUCGAGCUCGCCGAGUCGAGCGAGUGGAGCGCCCUCGACCGCCUCGUGACUUCCGAGCCCGAGCGCGCGGACGACAUGGACGACUUUGGCAUGAUGCCGCUGCACUGGGCGUGCACCGACACGCACGUGCCUCUCCGCGUGGUCAAGAAGCUCGUGGACGUGGCGCCCUCGGCACUGAGUCACAAGAACAAGGGCGGGCUCUUGCCGCUGCACAUUGCAGUGAAAGCUGCGACGCGGCUCGAGGUCCUGCGGGCGCUGGUGCAGGCGGCGCCGGACGUGGCGGCGUGUCUCUUUGAAGAGACGCCCACGGGCGAGACGCCGGCUGAACUGGCCAAGACGUACCAGCUUACGGACGACAAGGUGCAGUUCUUCAUGGACAUGGAGGCGCAACUCCGAGCUGAAGGCCGCGCGCCGGACCGCCCAAGUGCGCGGUUCCAAGCCUUUUUGAACCAGCCUGGCGGGUUGUUCCAUCUGCCAUCGUCUUCAGACGAGACCGCUAGUGUCAGUAGCUUUCGAAGUCUUCCUACUGCGUUGGGAACUAGUAUUACUAGUAGCAGAGAAGGUGGUGGUGGUGCUGGUGGUGGGCUCGAUGAUGGCUGGACAAAUAGCAAUAGCAGCAAUACCACGGGGAGUCGAGGUGCUUGCCCGCGACUUCCAGAAGGACUCGCGGGCGUGCCGUUGCCGCCGCGGUGGCGACUGGAUAAACGAUGCAACAUUUGUCAGCUCAAGUUCAGCUACUUCAAGACGCGGCACCACUGCCGCUCGUGUGGCGAGUCCGUGUGCAGCACGCACUCGAACAAGCGUCUGCCGCUGCAUCAUUUGGGGCUCAAGGCGCCACAGCGCGUGUGUAUUUUGUGCUACGAUGAUUUGCGUGAGAAUGGCGCGCCUUCAGCUGUCGUGAAUAUGUACGGCCAUGGACGACAUAGUGGCUUACCAUCGAUGGAGUCCAAUAUGAUGGAGCAGGAAUUCGGACCGCUUCUGGACCACCAGAAAGCGUCAGGACGACCGCCAUUGCGGUCGGUGAAUAGUACGGUGUCGUUGACGAACACGUCGUCGAGUAGUCGCGACUCGGCAUUUCGAAGCCCGUCUGAUACAGAGUGUUACCCUCGUACUUACAAUAGCGCUCAGCAUCGAAUGUGUGUAGACGACAGGAGCUUGACAGAUACGAGUGCCAAUGACCAUGACCCGAUCUUGACGACUGCUUUGCCGUUUGAAGACGAUUCGUCUUCGGGACGUGUGCGCGCUUGGACAGACGUGCACUCGAAUGAGAAGUACCAAGAUAUGCAGGAACAAGUGCGCGAACUAGAGUCUCACGUACAUGAGCUGACGUUGGCAAAAUCUCGUAUGGAAAAGAAGCUCGAAGAUGCAACUCGUGUGGCUGCUGAGGCUAAAAAGGAGCGAAGUGCAGUUGAGGAGAGCAUUGCAGAGCUUCGUGACAAUCGGACGUUUGAUAUCAAGCGCAUCUCAUUAGGCGACGAUGAAGACGACGAUGAGGACCAAGAUCACGACGUGGAGAUACAGGACGAUUUUGAUAACAGUCGAGAUGUCAAUCGUCGGGUUUUGGUCCAGGAUGAAAAGAAGAUUGAAUUGAUUGAGGACAAGGCAGUGGACGUUGCCGAGACGUGCAAUUAUCUGGGGCAAGUGUAUCUUGAUCGUGGCGACUUCACCAGUGCAGUUGCGGAGUUUCGUAAGUCCGUGGCGAGUAAUCGUAAAGACGUGGAUGUAUGGAUUAAUUUGGCGCGUGCUCUCCAUGGUGCGGGUGAGUUUUACGAUGCGGAGAUUGCUGUCCGGCGCGCAUUAGCCCUUGCUCCUAAGAACUACGCACCGCUAUCGAUACUGGGCAGGAUUCUGCACUCGAAGGGGGAUCACGACAGCGCAGUCAACGUGUUUCGCGAAGCGUUGGGUUUAAUGAAUCAUGAAGAGGAUUCGGACGACGAUGUUGGCUCGAUGACCGUGGGUUGGUAG